AUGAAUGGGACAACCAGUUCAACAACUACCAGAGGCUUGGACCUCAGAUAUAACAAACCUGAUGAAUGGGACAACCAGUUCAACAACUACCAGAGGCUGUUUGAUCAUAUCAAUGGUAGACCAGAGUUAAAUGCUAAGCUGCAAUUUGUUACCCUGAAGGACUUUUUCAAUGCUGUGGCACAGAGAUCUCAGCUCGAACCUGAAGACGAUUUUUUGCCCAAGGACUACCCUGUGCUGAGAGGGGAUUUGUUCACAUAUUCUGAUCGUGAGGACCACUACUGGAGCGGCUAUUUCUCCUCACGCCCCUUCCACAAAAGUCUAGACAGGAUCACGGAGUACCAUUUGAGGUUGCUGAAAGCCAGGAUGAUUGUGGAAUAUGCCUAUUUACUCAUGAUGUCCGACAGGAAAAGCUACUCCUAUCAGGAAUUAAGGUCUUUAUUUAAUAUUGAUGAAUACAGAAUGUCCCAUGAUUCAAUGCCAGAGAAGACAGUUCUGCGAUUGAGUAACCCAGACACAAGCAGUUUUGUUUUACAAUUCCCUGGCACAACAGAGGGAGCAGCUAGUAACAGUGUACACCAACUCUUCAUGUGAAGGUGACCAACUAUUCAUGUGAAGGUGAAAAACCCAGAGGGAGCAGUCAUUACUUCUCAGGCAGAUGCCUUCUGGUGCACUGACCAUGAAAUAUCAACAGACAAGUCAAAGAUAAAGGACCUUUUGGUAUCGACAUGAAGAAUCCUGAACAUUUUUCUGUGGAGAACUCUCAGCUGAGGGGAGAUAGUAGUGGUGAAACAGGGAUGCUAACAUCUGUGACAUCAAAGGAGGACAAUGUAAAACACCAGAUUCAGCUGAGUUUUGUCAUGUAUGGGGUAAAGAUGGCAAAGGAAAAAGCGGGGCCUACCUCUUCUUAACAGAUGGGGAGGUGUAGUCCGUUGCAGUAUUCAAGCCGUUUAUCCGUGUUUUAAGGGGCCCAUUGAUGUCAGAGUUCAAGGUCAUGCUGUCUAAUGUUGAACAUGUGGUCAGGCUACAGAACUCACCAGGUACAGAUGGUUCUAGUGUGGAGAUUCACAACAUUGUUGACAUCAAGUCACAGCAGAACAAAGAGCUGGCCAUGAGGGUUGACACAGAUGUCUCCAAUCAGGAUAGAGAAUUUUUUACUGAUUUGAACGGAUUCCAGGUGCACCAGUGCCGCAUGCUUGACAAGCUGCCUUUACAAGCUAACUACUACCAUGCCUACAAUGGUAUACCUGGAAGAUGACGUAAAAAGUGUUACCAUGGUAACAGCACAAGCUUUGGGUGUUGCUAGCUUGAAAUAAGGUAUUAAAUAUUCAUAGAUUCAUUUUGCUCAUUUGAAAAAAUGUCUAAGCCUUAUAACGUGCAAUUACUACAUAUACUGUAAAUUACAGAUCAGGUUUAGAUUUUUUCUUCAUUUCUUCUUUAAAUUGGUUGGAGGGUGGCGCUGAGGGGAAAAUCUUCCACAUCCAGUCAGAGAUAUUAUACGUCGUUUUGUUUACGUUGUAAUGCUGUUCUGUUUUAAUUGAAUUUUUGACGUGAUGAACAUUUUGAAAUAAAAAAUUUAGGUCAAGAACACCAAAUACCAGGCAUAAAAGAUUGCCAGCUGUUCUUCCUUGGUACAUCUAUGAAGUAACCGUUGACAAACAUUUAAUGCAGCAUGGCCUGAUGUUUUCGCAUGUUUUUCCUACAGAAGCCUUGUACAGUCUGUGUGACCCCCAUAUGCUGAAUUCAUACAGCCGUGAUUAACAGAUGCUUUAUCUUCUGUCAUAGUAUCAUAGUCAGGGGAUCAGUGCAUUUGAUUCCUGUUAUGACAGACAUAUUUACAUUGAGCGCAUCAACUCCCUCGUGAUAGUUUCCCUGUAAGAAGCUAAAUACUGUCAUUAGUGUGAUAAUGAUAAUCUCCUGGACACGUGGAGAUCUGCACGUAUACGCUCUUCCAUGAUAAGAUACAGCAGAUAUUUUGAUCACCCUUCAAAACGCUGAUCGAUAAUGGCUUCUGGGAAUAAGUAGAUCUGUUCUCAGCCCCCUCUGAGCAUUGUCCUACUGUUUUACGGAUGCCCGGAUACAAGUAAUUUCAAGUAUCACCCAAUUUCACGAGAAUAGAUACAUUUUUCAUGCUUUGUUUCUGAAACAGAAGUUGUGAGUACGUCCUCUGAUAAAUAUGACGCCAGUCAAAGGGAUGUAUUUUAUUAGUGAGAAUUUACAGAUUAAAUAAAGCGUGAGAGUGAGCUCAACAAGAUACAGUUGAUAGUGUUGUGACAUUUUUCACGGAUAAUUUCAGUGAUGAUUCAAACCUGUGUUAGGUAGAUGGAAUAAAUGGUUGUAAGUAUGAAGACACAUGUAAAAACAUCAUACCUAAGAAUUCCCCAUACAUGUGCAUAUGCCCUGUCUACAAAGCACUGUGUAUAAAGGCAUUGUUUUAUUGGCAGUAAGACAGUUAAGCAAGAGUGUAUACCAUACUGGUGGGGUGGAGUAUUGACUUUUGUUACACAUGUAUGUCCACAAGCAUUUGACCUCUAAGGUCAGAGGUUCAAAUCCACUACUGGCUAGCUGGGCUGUGUAUUUUUAUCUGGGGUUUUGUCUGCAGACAUCGGUCUUUGUAUGAUUGAUUCCGCAUAGGUUUGAUUUUCCUGACCUCUUUGUCAUUCAAGCGAAAUAUUCUUAAGUAAAAGACCAUACACCUGGACCAGGUGUAAAUUUGUCAGUGACAACAUGCAGUGAAACAGUACAUCACCUGUAAUGUGUAGUACGUGUAUUUAUCGUCUUUGACCUUUGCCCCCCAGGUCAGCUUUUCUGUAACAUUUGUCACUUUUGACCUUUAUUCCCUUAGGUGUCCUGGCCUGUAAUAGUUGUCACAUUUGGCCUUUUAGUAAACUGUGUCGCCUGGGUUUGACUGUUACCUAAUAGAACAACUAAAAUUCUGUAUUUAUAGACCCACGAGUAUACGAUUUCACAUAAACUUCCUCAUGUCAGUGGAAAACCAUGUACACAUAAAGUCAUCUACUGAUAACGACAUGAUUUGCUAUUUGGAUAAAUAAAUAUAUACUUGUUAUAAUAUAAGGGUCAGACAGAACACAUUCUGUUACUACAAACAGACUAAAAGUUUUAGCCUUUCCUAAUAAACCAUUUGUUAAAUCGUGAUUCCGAUGAUGUAUGUGAU